CCUGGAGGGAACGCAAGCGAAAAGAAAGGUCUCCACGCAGUGGCUGAUCACCUGGAAAGGGACCGAACCCCACACCCAAGCUCUUCAGCCCCUGCCUCACCCCUAACCCCAGCCUUGACCUGGCCCCAGGCCCAGCCGUCCCCACCAUGACAAAGGAGUAUCAAGAUCUUCAGCAUCUGGACAAUGAGGAGAAUGACCAUCAGCACAGAAAAAGGCCGCCUCCUCCUCAUUCAUUCAGUCGGCGUCUCUGCACCGGACCCAGCCUCCUCCUGGUCUCCAUGGGCCUUAGCCUCCUGCUGCUAGUCGUUCUCUGUGUGAUCGGAUCCCAGAACUCCAAGCUGCAGGAGGAGCUCAGCGCCCUGAGAGAGACCUUCAGCAACCUCACAGUGAGCACAGAGGCCAAGGUCAAGGCCCUGAGCGUUCAGGGAGGAAAUGUGGGCAGAAAGGUGAAGUCCCUGGAGUCCCAGCUGGAGAAACAGCAGCAGGAACUGAAUGCAGAUCACUCCAGCUUGCUGCUCCACGUGAAGCAGUUUGUGUCUGACCUGCGAAGCCUGAGCUGUCAGAUGGCUGUCCUCCAGGGCAAUGGCUCUGAAAAUGCCUGCUGCCCAGUGAACUGGAUCGAUUAUGAAGGCAGCUGUUACUGGUUCUCUCGCUCGGGGAAGUCCUGGCCGGAGGCUGAGAAGUACUGCGAGUUGGAGAACGCCUACCUGGUGGUGGUGGGCUCCUGGGAGGAGCAGAAAUUUAUACAGCACCACAUGGGCCCUGUAAGUACCUGGAUAGGCCUCACGGAUCAAAAUGGGCCCUGGAAAUGGGUGGACGGGACGGACUACGAGACGAGCUUCAAGAACUGGGCACCAGAGCAGCCAGACGACUGGUAUGGGCAUGGGCUCGGAGGGGGUGAAGACUGUGCCCACUUCACGGCGGAGGGCCGCUGGAAUGAUGACAUCUGCUUGAGGUCCUACCGCUGGGUCUGUGAGGCCCGUCGGGACAGAGGCAAUGACAGCUAAGAGCCUCCUCUCCCCUAAUUUAUUUCCUCAAUGCCUUUACCUGCCCUAGGGGUCCUGGUUUGGGGCCCUUCUAUCUAGGGGCUUCUGGAUUUUCAUCUAAGAUUUUAGAGGGAAAGGGGAAGGAUAGUGUCUGAGAAAUGUAGAAUGAUGUUUAGAGGGGCAAGGAGAUUGAAACCUAUGCUGCUUUCUAUGGUUUGCAAGU